AACCGAAUGCCGAAAAAACAGAAUUAUGAAAUUCCACCGUGGGAACGGUCUAAUUGGGAGUUUAUGCAUGAAGGCCAGAAACGGUAUGCCUAUGAACAAUGGCUAAUGUCUCGUGUUCGCCGUGGUUUGCCUAUAGAUCACGACCGCCCAUCAACAUCUGGUUCAGCCUCUGGAACAAGUUCUGUAGAGGAACAUAACGUGGACGAAGAAGUAUCACAUAGCGAAGAAGACGAAGACGAAGAAGGACCAGAAGAACCACAACAACAUUCUGAACCACAACGUUUAGUACCAUACUCUGACAGUGACGAAGGUAUGAGUUCGCCAAUGCAGGUAGAUUCAGGUAAACGACAGGCUGCAGCAGGUCAAUCUGGUGGAUCUAAGAAAAAAAAAACGUUAACAGGCACUGCAGCACCAUCUGCUAAUGUACUGGGUGAUUCUCCUAAUACCCGUGUUGAUCCAUUACCUGCUCCUUCUAUAUUAGAUACCGGUAACAUUACAAGAUAUCGCAAAGUUCAUAGAUUUUUCACAUACGGAUUAGCAUACAAAGUGAUUGAACAUGAAAAAGCAGUAUGUAUGAUUACUCCUUUAGCAGAAAUUCCCGUUGAUCGGCCAUUUUUGUAUAUGACGCCUUCUGAAUUCGAUUUAUUACCAGAUGGUAGUAGAAUUGUUCAUUGUUCUGUAAAAGUAAUUGCACGUAAUCCUAGAAUUGCUUUUCCGACUAAUUCAAGUGAUACAGAACUUGCAACAUUAAAUCAAAAUAAGAAUAUGAUUACAAGUGUAGGUAUUAAUUUGAAAAUACCUGGUAUUAAUGUAAAGCCUACAGCAUUUACUGCAAAUGCACCUAUGGAAACUACUUCCAUAGAUCAUAAACGAAAGUUUGAUUCCAUUUGGAAGUCAUGGUAUGGUUAUAGAAAUGAUGAAGCAGACUUUCUUACAAAAGUGCCUGCACAUCAAUUUGGACAACCAGUUAAUUUAAAAUAUUAUUAUGCGUGUGUUUCUAGCUCAAAAGAUAAGGGUUUACAUAAUUGGGGUUGGAAAUGUGUACAGUCUUGUGUUUCUGAAGUAGAUGCAGAUGCACGAACAGGAAGUGUUAUUGUUGACUAUACAUAUACACCAACAUUAGGUUUUCUGAAAAUUCCAAAAGUGGCUAAUGUUGAUAUGUUUCCUAUUACAACUACUGCUCAAAAUGUAAUUCAAAGGUAUAAUAUUAAUGCUGAUAAGCACUGUAAUCCUUUUAUGUCAUGUGAUAGUUUUUCUUUAACCCCCUUUGAACCAGCAAGAAUGGAAGAACAGUUAGAAGUUGUUAAAAAAUCAGAAACUGCAGAAACUACUAUAACAACAUUCUAA